AUGAAUAAAGCAGCAGCAUCAGACACGGAGAUCAAGGAAGAGGCGUCAGGCGCGGCGUUGGCAUCGAUAAGCGUGUCCACCAAGCUACCAGAAUUUUGGACAGACUUGCCAAGUUAUUUGAAAUCAAUAUCAAAAGAGGACCUUCUCAAGCAUUUAGAUACAAUACUGCGGGAAGGCGAAGACAGUGACGCCUUUCUAUAUGAAGAGCUCCAGCUUUUAAAAGCGAAUUUACUUGACUCUGUCAGCGACGCGAAACAACUCAUCCAGUACAUUUUAAAAAAUAAUUUGGAAGAGAUAUAUCCAAAUGUUUACAUAGCAAUUAGAAUCAUGCUCACAGUUCCCGUCAGUACAACUUCCGCUGAGAGAAGCUUCUCGAAGUUAAAAUUGAUUAAGACCUACUUGAGAAGCACGAUGAGCCAAGAGAGACUAUCUGCGUUAUCAGUUCUAUUAAUUGAAGAAAAAAAGAAAGAAGCACCUUUAAAACAACAACAUUCUUGA